AUGUCAACACUAAACCAUCUUUUUGAUCUUCCAGAACAGAUAUGUUACGUACAAUGUGGAUUCUGCAACACCAUUUUAAUGGUAAGUGUUCCAUGCAGUAGUUUGUCAAUGGUGGUGACAGUAAGAUGUGGUCACUGCACAAGUCUUUUAUCUGUUAAUAUGACAAAAGCUUCUUUCGUACCUUUCCAUCUUUUAACCUCUCUUACUCAUCUUGAGACGCCAAAAGAAAGUAGUAGUCCAGAUGAAGAUGCAAACAAGGCUUUGAUAACUUAUUCUGAUUGUGAGGAUGAUGAUAUAAUUCCAAUCACCAACGUAGUCAAUAAACCACCAGAGAAGAGACAAAGAACACCAUCAGCUUAUAACCGAUUCAUCAAAGAAGAGAUUAGAAGGCUAAAAUCUCAACACCCUGAUAUGGCUCACAAGGAAGCUUUCAGUACAGCUGCAAAAAAUUGGGCAAAUUGUCCUCAAAUACAGUUCAAAGGAGAUGAAGAGAACUGUAACUUGACAGAUCAUCUUGUGGAUCCUGACUCUCAAGUGGAUUCUAAUGAUGCUGAGUUAGAGUUCAUGCAUUCAAUGGCAAAGACUUUAUCAUCAUUUUGGUUUCCAAUCAACUAG